UGACUGAUUUCUGAUUUCUUAUUGCAUCGUGGCGCAUCUUGCCUUGAACGUCACGUCCGAUAGUGGAGCCCGAUCAGUGGAGGUGGUUUUAUUUGAAUUUCGGGCAACUUAUUCAACUCAAGUAUAUUGAAGAAAUUGGUUGAAGUGACGUGAGCUUAUCGCAAUGUCUGAAGAAAAAGGGAUAAAAAAUAUCUGCUGCUUGGGAGCUGGAUAUGUUGGUGGACCUACUUGCAGCAUAAUAGCUUUGAAAUGUCCUGAAAUAAAGGUUACUGUGGUUGAUCUUAGUAAAGAGAGAAUAGCCCAAUGGAACUCCGAUAAAUUACCCAUUUAUGAGCCUGGUUUGGACGAAGUUGUCGGUCAAUGUAGGGGCAAGAAUUUGUUCUUCUCGAACGACGUGGAGGGUGCAAUACUCGAAGCAGAUCUGAUCUUCAUUUCGGUAAAUACCCCCACAAAGACGUUGGGAAACGGAAAGGGUAGAGCUGCUGAUUUGAAAUAUGUAGAAGGAGCAGCAAGAAUGAUUGCAGACAUAGCACAAAGUGAUAAAAUAGUUGUAGAAAAAAGUACAGUACCCGUGAGAGCAGCUGAAAGUAUAGCUAAGAUUUUAAGCGCCAAUAGGAAGCCUGGAGUUUCCUAUCAAAUCCUUUCCAACCCAGAGUUCCUAGCAGAAGGUACGGCUGUAAGUGACCUCUUGAAUGCUGAUCGUGUUUUAAUCGGAGGAGACGAAACUCCCGAGGGUCAAUUAGCUAUCGAGAAAUUAUGCAGCAUUUAUGAGCAUUGGAUACCAAGGAAAAAAAUUUUAACCACAAACACCUGGUCUUCCGAGCUCUCAAAACUUGCAGCUAAUGCUAUGUUAGCACAAAGAAUUUCUAGCAUAAAUUCACUGUCUGCUGUGUGUGAAGCUACUGGAGCAGAUGUUUCAGAGGUUGCUAGAGCAGUUGGAUUUGACUCCAGGAUUGGGUCAAAAUUUUUACAAGCUUCUAUAGGUUUUGGCGGGAGCUGUUUCCAAAAGGACAUCUUGAACUUGGUUUACAUCUGCGAGUGUUUGAACCUACCCGAAGUGGCAUCUUAUUGGCAACAGGUCAUCGAUAUGAACGAGUAUCAGAAGUCCAGAUUCACGGCCAAAAUUGUGCAAUCCUUGUUCAACACAGUAAGCGGUAAGAGAAUAUGCAUUUUGGGAUUCGCGUUCAAGAAGAAUACGGGAGAUACCAGGGAGAGUCCCGCCAUCCAUAUAGCCAAAACGCUUCUCGAUGAGGGCGCUUCGUUGAAGAUAUAUGAUCCUAAGGUCGAAUCGGAGAGAAUUUAUGAAGACCUUACACAUCCUCUAAUAUGUGAAGAACCCGAGAAAGUAAGGAAGUUGGUUUCUGUGUAUACAGAUGCUUACUCAGCUGCUGAAGGUACACACGCACUAGUUCUUUGCACAGAGUGGGAUGAAUUCAUUACUUUGGACUAUAACAAAAUUUAUGUGGACAUGAUGAAACCUGCUUAUAUAUUCGACGGACGUAAAAUUUUGGACCAUCAAACAUUAAUAGACAUUGGAUUUCAUGUUCAAACUAUCGGUCGAAAACUUCAGAGACCGAAAUCUAAUAGAUGCUGGAGUAGCAAUCCUAGCAUGAAUUAAGAAGAAAUAUUGGAAAAUUUCAACGAUUUUUUUUUAUAUUUUCCUAAAUAUUAUUAGUAGCAAAUGUAUUUCCUGUUAAUUGAUGUACUUAAUUUUAUUUUUUGAAUUUACAUUUUCUUCACAGUAAGUGCUAAGACCAAAUUCCGAUUCUCUUCAUUUUUAGGCGUUUCUAUUCUCUGAAAGUUUUAUAAUUUACUUGAUUUGAAGUUCAGAAAACUUGAUGAAGAUGGUUUUCAAAAUAUGGAGUAUAUCUACUGUAA